AUGGUCACCUCAGCACAGCAAAGGGAGGGGGAUUCGGGGCCUCGAGUGGCCCAAGCAGCAGCAGCAGCAGCAGCAGCAGCAGCAGCAGCAGCAGCAGCAGCAGCAGCAGCAGCAGCAGCAGCAGCAGCAGCAGCAGCAGCAGCAGCAGCAGCAGCAGCAGCAGCAGCAGCAGCAGCAGCAGCAGCAGCAGCAGCAGCAGCAGCAGCAGCAGCAGCAGCAGCAGCAGCAGCAGCAGCAGCAGCAGCAGCAGCAGCAGCAGCAGCAGCAGCAGCAACAGCAGCAGCAGAUGCAGCAGCAGCAGCAGCAGCAGCAGAAGCAGCAGCAGCAGCAGCCGCAGCAGCAACAGCCACAGCAGACGCCGCAGCAACAGCAGCAGCAACAACAACAGCCGCAGCAGCAGCAGCAGCAGGCACCGCAAUUUCCUGUCGAGGGCAGCAGCAGGGGACGGCGCAGCAGGGCGUGGCGCAGCAGGGCACGGUGCAGCAGGGCACGGUGCAGCAGGGCAUGGCGCAGCAGGGCACGGCGCAGCAGGGCAUGGCGCAGCAGGGCAUGGCGCAGCAGGGCAUGGCGCAGCAAGGCAUGGCGCAGCAAGGCAUGGCGCAGCAAGGCAUGGCGCAGCAAGGCAUGGCGCAGCAAGGCAUGGCGCAGCAAGGCAUGGGGCAGCAAGGCAUGGGGCAGCAAGGCAUGGCUCAGCAGGGCAUGGCGCAGGCACAGGGCAUGGGUCCACCUCAGAUGGUGGGUCAGCUGCAGGCUAUGGUGCAGGGACAAAGCACAGGGCAGCAAGGAAUGUCCCACCCUCAGAUGCAUCAGGGAAUGAUGCAUCAGGGGAUGGCGCAACAGGGGAUAGCGCAACAGGGGAUGGCGCAACAAGGCAUGGCGCAGCAUGUAAUGGCGCAACAAGGCAUGGCGCAACAAGGCAUGCCGCAACAAGGCAUGCCGCAACAAGGCAUGGCGCAACACAACAUGGCGCAACAAGGCGUGGUGCAACAAGGGAUGGCGCAACAGGGGUUUGCUCAACAAGGCAUGGCGCAACAAGGGAUGGCGCCACAAGGCAUGCCGCAACAAGGGAUGACGCAGCAGGGGAUGGUGCAACAAGGGAUUGCGCAACAGGGGUUUGCACAACAAGGCAUGGCGCAACAGCAAGGCAUGGCACAACAAGGGAUGAUGCAGCAAGGCAUGGCGCAACAAGGGAUGGCGCAACAAGGGAUGGCGCAACAGGGGAUGACUCAACAAGGGAUGGCGCAACAGGGGAUGACUCAACAAGGGAUGGCGCCACAGGGGUUGGCGCAACAGGGGUUAACGCAACAAGGAAUGGCGCAACAGGGGAUGACGCAGCAGGGGUUGGCGCAGCAGCAGGCUCCACAGCAGCCGAUCAAACGAUCUCGGCUGGCAAUUUCCUUCACGGUUAUGCAGUGGCAGGAGCAUCCAUCCCCCCCCCCUUCCACACUCUCACUCUUCCAUUCCCUUUUCCCUCUCUUUCCUGCCCCGCUUUCUCCAACUCGCUCAAGCGACUUCGGGUCGUGGGCGCCCUUCACAGUGACGCAGUGGCAGGAGCUGGAGCAGCAGGCGCUCGCCUUCAAGUACCUCGUGGCAGACUGUGGAGCCGUCUCUCAUAAGUCUUCUUCCCUCUCUUUCCUUCCCCCUUCCCCCUGCACCCAUCUCUCAGGCGACUUCGGGUCGUGGGCGCCCUUCACGGUGACGCAGUGGCGGGAGUUGGAGCAGCAGGCACUCGUCUUCAAGUAUCUGCUGGCAGACUGUUGA